UGGAAUAGGUUGGGAUAAUAAUAUGAAGUGUGAGUUUGAGUUUGGAGUCUCUCUCUGACUAAAACUGCUUUAUAUGCACCAGAAGUUGGUUGGGAAUUGGAGACCCUCUUGUAACAAGCAUCGGGUCACCUAAAAAAUCUCUUACCUUUUCCUUGCCCGUCUUAUAUUAUGCAGUAACUGCCCUUUCGAAUCCACCAAUGUCCACUGCUCCUGCCUCCAAGAAAGUGGACGACUUUUAAAAACGAGACCCUUUGUUACAUAUAUUUGUAACUUCUCUGUUACAAAUAUUCGUCCGUUUAAACGACAUCGUCGUCGGAAUGGACAAAUUGUGGCGUUACAAAGUGCAGACAACUGGAGGAGGAGGAGGAGGAAAAUAAUCAAAGUGAGAGUUAUUACCUUGCAUGCCAAAGCAAACAUAACAAUUAUGCGUAUUCACACAUAACCAUUUUUUGGUGCUUGUGCUUUGAACUUGGAAGUAAAACAAUUUUGUGUGUAAAAGUGAUCGACAGUGAAUGGGGAGCGAGUGGUGAAAUGAGUUGGGCUAAAUUUUAAUUUAACAAGGUGCAAACCAAGGGUGUAAGUACUAAUAAGUGGACAAGAAUCAUGGCUACUUUACUACUCCAACUCGAUCCAGUAACAGAAUUUAAACAAGACACGGAUUAAAAAGUCUGAGCUGCUUAAUUUGAAGAAGACUGGCUCCGACUCUCCUGUGCUAAUUUUGACUCAGUUUUAAGAGACAAUUACCAAACACCAAUGAAAUGUUAGCACCCCAGCACCAGUUACAGUAUUAUUAUGUUAUGAAAUGAGAUAUAUGUAUGUGCAUACAUAUAAUGGUUCUCCAUACUUGAACAAUCGCAUUCACAUUUCGAGUGCGCCAGAGAUAACGUCAAUAACAAUGAUCUCCUCCACUACUUAACUUAUACUGUAUUCGUUUAUGUGUACGUACCAGAUAUCGAUACAACUUAGUUUACAAACACGACGAGUUUCGGACUUGCCAUAAAAAUUGUAAGCAAUUGACAAUGUGCGGAAACUGCUUAGUUGAGAUCGUUGGUAAAACACACCAUGCACAAUCAAGCAAGACCGUUGGGUAACUAACGCCAAGUUGUUGGUGGCCGGCUGGUGUGAAUGUUAACUAUACCGGAAGUGAACUAAAUCAGACCACCGAAUCGGUUCAUGGGUUGACAUUAUAGAAUAAACAUGGAUACACAAAAUAGGAAUUAAAAGCAGUCACCACAAUACUUCUAAAUACAUAUAUACAAAAUACAACAGAAAAUCAGAAUCACACAUCAUGCAGUUCAAAAUGAGGACGUUGAGGUCUUUUGAAACCUGGGCUCGACGCCGGAGAAUAUUCAUGACAACUUUCUCCUCAGACUUUCUCCUCCUCACGACGCUCGCCCUCCUCAUCGAUUUGGGAUCAGGGGGGCGGGUGGGCAGCCCGGUGGACAAAGAGUGCAAGGCCAUCGGGAACGUGAUCCGGAGCAAGGACUUCACGUACCCUUGGUGGGUGCAGGAGGGGAGUGGCAGCGUGUUUAACAGGGCCCAGCAGCAGACCACUACGACCAUGACUCCUCAGGCGUCCUGCCCCCUGGGGAAGAAUGGUGAGAGAGGGGUCAAGUGUUGUCGUGAGCUUAACUCCACCAUCCAGAGGGGAGAGAUGGGUGCAAAGUUUGGCGAAAAAUGGCUGAGUCCUAAACUGGCAGCCAAUGGGGACAUUUUCAAGGAGAGGAAGAAAAAGUUCGAUACCACUUUUAAAGACUUGCUGACAAGGGCACAUUCCGAAUUCCAUGCCAUGUUUGAGCGAACGUAUGGCAUGCUCUACAUGCAACACGCUCCGAUAUUCCAUGCCCUCUUCACCACCCUGGAGGCGUACUACGACACGGGCCUCGAGUCUUUGGAAGGGAAACUGAACGAGUUCUUUGCAAUACUCACCAGAAAAAUGUUUGUGGUCCUGAACUCUCAGUACGAGUUUGAUGAUGCGUACCUUUCCUGCGCCACCAUAGUCAUUAGCGAGAAACAGGGUGGUGACCUGCACCGACAAAUUGUUUCCAGUCUCAGACGCUCGUUCGUCGCCACAAGAGCCCUAGCACAAGGGCUGAAUGAUGCAGAUAGGAUUUUCAACAAUUUGCAAAAGCUAAAAACGACCCCAGAAUGCGCGUCCUCUUUGUCCCACAUGCUGCAGUGUCCGAUUUGCAGCGAGAUGCGGGUUAUCAAGCCAUGUACCUCACUCUGUACAGGGAUCACUUCCCAGUGUCUGGCUGUCAUGGGUCCCCUGAUCAAAACUUGGACUGACUAUACAAACUCGAUGGAAAACGUACUUGACCGACUGUUAGGUCCAUACAAUGUGGAAGCUGUCGUCGAACCGAUUCACAUUAAAAUUUCUGAAGCCAUCAUGAAUUUUCAAGAGUCUGGUCCAGAUCUUAGUCAAUCUGUAUUUGCAAAGUGUGGGAAGCCAAAGUUGAUUUCAGCAAAAACUUUCAGAAAACGCGAGGCAUCACCACCCCCUGAAAAUUUGAGACGAAGACCGGAUGAAACUUCGUCAAAACUCGAUACUUUCCGGGCAACAACCGGACAUGAUAACGUACAAGCUAGCAAAUCCAUGGACAAAUUGCUUCGCGAGAUCAAGAACAAAGUGAAAAAAUCAAAGAGCAUUUGGGAGGCACUUCCGCGACAGGUUUGCAACGGGAUCUCAAAGGACUACUCUUCAAAACUCGGGAGAGAACUCUGUUGGAAUGGGACACAUGCCAUCCGACCUGACCGUAACCGAACAAGUAAUGAGAGUCCCGAAUCAAGAUCGUCAUCAUCUUUCGGAAAAACUGCCCCCAACAUUUUAAUUACUGAGCAAAUAAUCAUUCUUCAACAAAUCACUGAGAAAUUAAGAGCUUCGUAUAAUGGGCUUGAUGUCCAAUGGCAGGAAAGUGAUGAUCUCGAGUUUGAAGGAAGUGGCAUGGGUUCAGGUUCAGGAGACAUCCCUACCGACUUGGAAGAUUCAGAUGAUGACGAUCCCAGUGGUCAAAUUCAUCCAAAGCCACCAUUCCACCACAGCUCUGCCACCCCCAACUUUCCAACUCAUCCUAAAUUUCCAUCCAGACCUUCGCCUCCUAUACUUAACCCAAUACCCAACCAUGAUGACGAGGAGGAUGACGAUGAUGUGGAAAUAGAUGAGGAUGAAGAUAGUGACGAGAUUCACGGCAGUAACACCAACAAUAACGUGAACCGAAACCCCUUGAGCAACCUCAGUCCAGUUGAUACAUUCAACAACAACAAAAACAGCAAGAACCGAGGUCAUGGUGGCGGAUUUAGCAUAGAUGGUCCAGAAGGUAUUGAUUUGGCUCCUCCGCCCCCCAGCGUAAACAAACCAGUGUACCCUCCUUUCUUCCCAACGGAAGGAACCACGACCAGUACGACAACCUCGACGACAAGGAGACCCAUCCUGGACGUGUCCAAGAAGAAGCACCCUUCCACGUCCAGCGGCUCCAUCGACGAGGCUGGCAAGGCCAUCGCCUUCUUCAAACUCUUUUCCCCCAUCUUCGCCUCGCUCGUGGGAAAAGCUUUCUCUUUCACAUGAGUCCCAUAACAUGCAAAUGAUGCAUAUUAACAACAAAUUUUGUAACAUGACAUUAUUAUUUCGUAACAAUUCAAUCUCAAUACUAGUUCCAACCACCUAGAACAACCGUGCAUAGCACAUUUUUAUCAUUAAUUAUUAUUAUUACUACUGUUAGUUUGUCGUAUAUACAUAUAGUCAGUCAAUGUUAAAAAACUAAUCCGACGCGACGCCGCAUUGUAUUGUCCAAUAACAUAAUGCAGACUGUUGAUAAAGAGUAGUAAGUUGUAAAUCUUGUAGACAUCAAUAUUACAAAUUGUACAGCUCCCAUUAAAUGACUUGGUGUAUUUUUGUAUAUUGAUCAAUGAAGAUUGUACAAAUAUACAACUUGAAUAUGUUUAUUAUUUAAUUAGGUGUGUACAAUUACAUUAUGUAACAUUUAGAUAUUUUUUAUUGGUCCCGGUUACACAACAAUUUACAAAUAACCUUCAUAGUGCAGGCAACAAAUUUCAAAUUGAAAUUUUCAAUGGUUUAUUAUUCGACUCACAAUUUAAAUUUUCUUCUUCACUUGUGUUAUUGUUGCUUCACACUACUUCACAGCCUCACUUCUUAGCAUGUACAAUGUACAUACAAUGUGACAAUGUGUAUACUUAUCACUAUUCUUCGUGCCAUUUCAUUGUUAUGCCAAGCGACUUACUCAAUCAUAUUUUGUUACUUUUGAAUACUUUUGAUUAUUGUGUUUGACUAAUUGAAUUGAUCUUCACUUUUCAGUGACAACUCUGCUGCUUAUUAUAUUCAUUUAAUCUCAGAUGCAGCUAUUACUUAUCACGUGAUCGAUAAGAUUUAUGAAUUGCAUCAUUUUGUAUUUGCUCAAUGCAACUCAUAAUAUGUAUAAUUUUAGUAUUUGCCCUGGUUGUUCCUUAUUUAAUUAGUAUUAUUAAUUGGUAUAUAUUUUUCAUCUUCAAUAUCCUAUAAUCCGUUGUAUAAUAUUUAUUAAAAUAGUCUGACGAUUCCGAAGACCUUAAUCAUGCAGAGUUGCUUUGUCGCUAAUAAUAUUAUUUAUCGCAAACUGUACUGUCCUUGUAGAAUAUUAGUAUAUUAUUUAAUGACGAUCGCCGCAAAUGGUAAUUCUAAAUAAGUCUGUGACGAAUUAUAUAUCACUUAUCCAACAAUACUUGAAAAAUCAAAUUAACAUUAAUGCAAGUAAUAAUGGUAAUAAAUAGCUUGUGUGACUCUGUUGUUUCAUGCAACUAUUAAGUACGUAAUGCAAUGCAAGGAUUUAUGCGUCUGACUGAACUUGCACCACUGUGACUGCACUGCGUGAGAAGCAUGUAUUUAUACAGUGCAAUCCAUGACAUUAUGAUAUCGUUAAUUAAGAUCAGAUCAGCAUAGGUUCAGUUAAUAAUACCACAAAUUAAUCUUGAAAUAAAAAUGGUGAUACCCUAAUCGAAA